AGCAUCGAGUGCCGAACUGCCCAGUAAGUGAUCGUGCGCUGUUCUGUUUGGUUGUGUGUGAUGUAAUGUACUUGUGAUGACUACAUACUUGAACCACUUAACUUAUUAAUCUCGCUGUGACUUGUGCGCCCAUUCACGUAAAAAUGGAGAGGUUACCAAAUAUGUACAUCAUUUGUACGGCGAUAAUUGCAACUUUAAAUGGUGCCUUGGCUCAAAGAGUUCUAAAAACGUUUACUUUAGAAGAACUAGUGCCUCUUCAAGCAGAUUUUGUUCCCGAGAGAGUUGCCGUUCAAUGGAUAUCAGAUUCUGAAUAUAUAGUAGCAGAACCUGGUGCGAUACAGAAAUACAAUGUAGAAACCGACACCUUUACUAAAUUAAUAAAUGAAACUGAAUUGACGAAUUUAAGUCAAUAUGCGAUGUCAACUUUUUCCAAUGAUCAAAAAUAUCUACUUUUGGUUUCCGAGCGGACGAAGGUAUAUCGAUAUUCAACGUUGGCAAAAUAUUCUGUAUACAACCUCGAAAGCAAAACGGUGUCGAAAAUAGGAAAUGGACACUUACAAGUUGUGCUAUGGGACAGUGGCCAAGCUAUAGCUUAUGUGGAAGAUAAUAACGUAUUUUACAUACCGGAUGCCGAACAUUCUGAUAAAGUGAGGCAAUUGACCACAGAAGGCAUCCCGGGAAAAGUUUAUUGCGGUGCUGCUGAUUGGAUCUAUGAAGAGGAAAUACUGAAUGCUGCAGAAGCAAUGUGGUUCUCAACAAAUGGAUCCAAUUUAGCUGUUGCUAUCUAUAACGAUGCGUCAGUAGAAUCUGCGGUAUUUCCAUACUAUGGCAAUCCCCUGGACUUUGAGAAUCAAUAUCCUAAAAUGAUUGAAUUUAAAUAUCCCAAGGCAGGUCGGCUAAAUCCAGCGGUAGAACUACGAGUUUACAAAUUAAAAGAGCCAACAAGUGAUCCCAUACAUAUCAACGCACCUAUCGAUGUUAUUGGUGAAGAUCACGUUUUGGGUAGAGUGAGUUGGCCAACGGAUAAUGAUAUCUUAGUGCUAUGGUUAAACAGAAGACAAAAUGUAAGCGUUUUAGUCAAAUGUGAUUUGAUAGAAGAUAGAUGCUCAGUAUUGAAAGAGCAUACAGAACCAAACGGUUGGAUCGAUAUACGUGAGCCGCUAUUUAAUGAAAAUGGAACGAAAAUGGUGGAAAUACAACCAGAGAAAUACGACGGUCAGCGAUAUUUUCACGUCACGCGCUUUGACUUUGAAACUCUAGAGACGGAGGACUUAUCGCCCGGCAACUCAACGAUUACCGAGAUUUUGGGUUGGAAUCAAGAAACGGACACGAUCUUUUUCAUUGCUUCACCGGCAAAUGUACCCUGGCAACGACAAUUAUGGUCGGUGUCUAAAGGCAAUAUUUUAUGUAUGACGUGUACUCAGCCUUCCUGUCACAACGUGGACGGCAUGUUUUCUCCUGGCGCUAGCUACGCUAUACUAACUUGCAGUGCAUUUAAUGUACCACCGAUAAAUUACUUCUAUGUAGCCCAGAAAAACGGUUUCAAACUGCUCACAAAAAAUGCUCGAUUGCUUGAAAAACUAAGCCAGUAUAAAAUGCCCAUGGUUAUGUACAAUAUGAUGCCGUUGGAAGAGAAGGUUAUCUCACACAUUAAAUUACAAUUGCCUCCUGAUAUGGAGGAAGGUAAAAAGUAUCCGAUGAUCGUAAGAGUGUAUUCUGGUCCAGGAACAUCUAGAGUUAAGGACGCGUUUGAUAUGGAAUAUUACAACACCUAUCUAUCAGUGAACAGGAGUAUUAUAGUUGCGUCAAUAGAUGUUCGAGGUUCAGGAGUAAUGGGGUUAGAACCAAUGCAUGCUCUGAACAGAGCUUUAGGGACAGUUGAGAUUACAGACACUUUGGCCGCUAUCAGACGUUUACUAGACUUGCAUCCAUUCAUCGACCGUGAGCGGAUCGGCGUGUGGGGUUGGAGUUACGGCGGUUACGCGACCACUAUGAUGCUUGUCAAAGAUAGCGAGAAGCUGCUCGCGUGUGGCGCUGCUGUCGCCCCUGUUACGUCCUGGCUUUAUUAUGAUACAAUUUACACGGAGCGUUACAUGGACACGCCUCAAGAGAACAUGGAUGGGUACAGGCAGUCGGAUCUCAUGUCGCAAGCUGGCAAAUUGCGAGGACGUCGUUACCUCCUGGUCCACGGCACUGGGGAUGACAACGUACAUUUCCAACACAGCAUGCAAUUCGCCAAGGAAUUGCAGAGAGCUGAUAUACCUUUUGAACAAAUGAGUUAUACAGACGAGAAUCAUUCUUUGAGAGGAGUGAGUCGACAUUUCUACCACACAUUGGACCGCUUUUGGACGGAUUGUUUUAACUAAUUAUAUGAAAAAGUAUUAUAACUAUGUAAAAGACUGUGAUCAUAAGCCACUGCUGUUUAAAAGAAAAUGAGCUUAAAAUCUCUAGAGAUAUACUUAAAUUAUACAUGUAUACAUAAAAUUAUAUGGAUCAUAUGUGUUCUUUGUUUUUAAGAUAAAGUUUGUAUUUAUUUACAAAAUAACUUUUACUGUCUUUUAAUAGGCUACUUAAGACGUUGACGAUGUGCUAAUAUAGUAUACGGUUUAUUUUACAAAAUAUAAUUAUUGUUAUCGACUAUUUUUGUUUUUCUUUUGACAAACUUUAUAACUAAGUAUCUUUUAGUAUUUGAUUAGAAGAAAAAUAAAAACAAAUGUAUUUAUUUGUAAAGUAACAGAACAAAAAGCAUUUACUUCGAUGCUCAUUUUCUUUAGCAUAAUAUGAAAUUCGAAUAAUAAAAUGAGAUAAUUUAUA